UAGCUGUCCUAGAAACGAGACGGCGUGAUCAGACGCGACUCACGACUGAGUCCGACCAGUCUGACGCGUAGUCGAUAGAAAACAGCUGGCCGACAGCGAUGGACGACGUUUCGGAGUAGCGUGGCGCAAUCGCGACAGUGAUUGACAGUGAUCGGAAAUCGUCAGAAUUCGAUGACGUUGCGGAAAUCUGCCGCGCGUCGAGAACGCGGGAGAGAUUCACGGGAUUGCCACAGCGUUCCCUAAUCCGUCGUGACACUCGUGACCGAUAGAGGGGAGUCGAUAGAAAAGCGAUCUUACGAUCUAUACGCUGCGAAUGUUUUGUUUCUCGGACACCUAACCUACUUCGAAUGGACACUUCGGUGGCUCGAGUGACAACCCUCGGCUUAUGUGAAUGGCUAGCCAGUAUCGGGGCUAUCGCCGCGAUACGAUGACUUCAUCGCUCGGCACUUCCUCGUUCCCCGACAUUUCUCAAUAUCGCCCGUGACGUAAUCUGCGAGACAUAUACCCUGGCAGGCGAGCAGUAAUUAGUCGCGUAAUUAGUCACGGCCACGAGGACAUCUCCGGAGGCGACGGCUCGAUCCUCCGGUUGAUCCUCUUCGAUUUCACGACGCGACCGCGAAGAUGCUCCAGCGACGAAAUCGCGGCAGAAGACGUGUUCUCGCUGUGACGUACCGUAUUAUUAGCAGGCAAAAUGAACUCGCUGCUGAAGAUGUCCAUAAUGGGCAACAAGAGGAAUCUGUUGGUCCGAGACUCUCUACAGAAACAGCUCAAUACGAGUGUUAUGGAGAUGCAGAGCGCCCCGGGGGUCACCGACGACGGCGUAGUCGGCAACUGCGACGAGACCAUGACCCUCUGCUCCGUCCUGGAGGCUAUAUUUCUGCACGGCUUGAAGGACAGCCUGCUGAAUCGAGUGACGGAAGUUCUCAGCGGUCCCGACUUCGACGCUAUGCCACAGCCAAGCUUCUGGGGUCCACUCUUAGUCUUCUCACAUCGUCAGAUUAUAGAUCAGAUACAAGCAUUGAGCCAAAUCACCACGGAAGUCGGAUACUGUCGAGCAUGGAUACGUAUAGCGCUGAACGAGGGGAUGUUAGCUAGCUACUUUUGCGCUAUAAGGAGAGAUAAUUCAGCCUUAAAACCGUAUUACAAUCGUUCAGCUUACAUCAGGGAUGUAGACCUUGUCGAAGUUGCGCAGAGAUUGAUAGAAAACUUGGAUUAUGUACGAUUCGAAUUGGCUUGCAACAGUAGCCUCUUGAACUUUUGGUCCUCCACUCCUCUACUUAUAGCUGGCAUCUGGUCCCCACCAAUGAAAUCUUGUCCUGUAUUUAGCGCUGUAGAUAUAGCGAAAACGAUAAACAGCGAAACGACCGAUAAUUUUGAUGAAGUAGAAACUGCAAGUUCCAUCGGUAGUUCCAUCGGAAUAGGAUCUUUCACUUCCUCCCAAUCUGUGUUUAAUAACGUAGCAUCUAUUACAGAAGAUGAGGCAUUGAAAAUUAUUCUGACCGAAGGGAAAUCUAAUAGCGUUAUUCAACAAUUGCACAAUAAUCCUGCGGAUGCUGUAACAAACAGCCUACAAGAAAACAAUGCUCAACAGUUAUACAGUGAUUCUGCAGAUAGAACUGUAAAAAACUCGGAAGAAGACGUCAAGCAAGAGGUCAAGGAGAUACAACUGAUGUCAAAUGGCUAUGCAGAAAAUGCAGAUAAUAUUGUUGAUACGGAGGAUCCGCUACAAGAUACUUUGAAAGACGAAAUCGUUAAUGAUACUAAUGCGGCUACUGUGGGAAAUUCGUUAAUAAGAAAGUUAGGAUGGUCAACGUCGAUUGAGGAUUGUCAGUCUUCUUUAACUUCACCUGUGAUAUCCCAUGGAUCAGGCGCGGAUGCACCUCGUACACCCGGCGAGGGUCCUACGUACGAUGCACUCAUUCAAAGUUAUCAAACUGGAAAUAGCACGGUAACAGACCUGCAAGAAUUUCUAAACAAGUAUCCAAAGAAAGAAACUGUUGAAGAAGGAUCCACCAAGGCUCAGCCAGAACCAAAGGCUGUGGUGAAUUUUGACGAGCAGUUAGGUAAUAUUCCAAGAGAAAAAGGUUUAGAUGUGCAAAAUUACGGUUGUUUUGAUUGCGGUUAUGCAAUUGGCAUGACCUUUUCUAAAGCGCACGUGUGUGCGUACUCGGGCGAUUACUACUGUUCAAAGUGCAUGGCAGAGGGGCAAUAUCUCAUACCGUCACGUAUGAUUCAUAAUUGGGACUUGAAACAAUAUUCCAUUAGCCGAAAAGCCGCUUCGUAUCUGGAAGGCAAGCCGGCCCUGUUGGAUAUAAAGAUCUUAAAUCCGAAAAUUUACAUGGCAGUAGAUACUAUGGCACAAUUGCAGUCGUUACGGAUUCAAUUGAAUCUGUUGAGAGCAUAUUUAUUCACAUGUCGCGAACCCAUUAUUGAAUCCUUACAGAAAAAGGUCACACCGAGAGAUUACUUGUACGAACAUGUUCAUCAAUAUUCCGUUUCCGAUCUUCUGGAUAUACCCAAUGGAAUUCUCGCACAGCAACUUCAAAGGAUUGUUGAAUUCGCGAGGAAUCAUGUAAUAAAUUGUUGGCUUUGUAGUCAGAAGGGCUUUAUAUGUGAAGUGUGUAACGAUACAAAAGUCAUUUAUCCUUUUGAUAUGGAGUCUACAUUCCGGUGUGGAGCGUGUAAUGCCGUAUUUCAUGCAAACUGUUUAAACGCCAGUAAACCAUGCCCGAAAUGCGAACGCAGACGUAAACGGAUGGAUAUGCCUCUUUUGGAUAUGGGAUGUACAGAUCUACCUAAUAGCACUAUGUCGUUGGUUCCCAUUGAUAUGAAUUAAUAGUAUAUCGUUGAUUUGUUUAAUAUUUUAUUAUGCAGUAUUGUUUGCAUUUCGAAAGAAAAUUAAUUUUGCCACGCAUAUCCUUGUAACCAUGAAUUUUGACGCUCGAUAUUUUCAUGUAAAUAAUUGUAUCAUGCGCAUAAAAUUAUAUGGAAAUGUAACAUAUUGUUUGUCAACUCUUCUCGAAUUAUUAUAUAUCGUUAUUAUAAACUUAUGUAUAUUCUGAUAAAAAUAUUUGUACCUUCCGAGGCAGCUUUCCGUACAAAAUACAUAUUAUAUAAUAGAGACAUUUAUUAUAAUUCUAUGUACA